AUAUAUACAUCUAGACUUUUAGACACUUAUGGUGACUAAAAUAGGUCUAGGCAAUGCGGUUACUACGCUACGGUCCGGGUACAAGAUAAUAAGAACAACAAGAAUAAUAAGAAUAACAAAUGAAAGAAUGCCCUUUAUCUAUUGCAGAAACCGUAAAACAAUUUAAGAAAAUAGCGCCAUCUGUUGUCGAGUAGUAAAUGUAAAACUCUAAAUGCGUUUAGUUUCAUCGAUAAAACAUAGGAGGAACGCACCCAUCGCUAUUGCAGUCAAAAGUCGAUCGUACAAUCGCUUUGACAUGUUUGUCAAAAUGUCAUAGUUAUUGACGGCUGUUGACCUGACGGAUCGCUUAUUUAUGUAAAUAUUUUUAUUUGGAUUCAAAAUGAGUGCUAAUAAACCCAAGGGCCCUAUCGUGGACCCUGGCUUGUGUCGAUGUUGUGGAUCUCUGAAGAAAUGUCGCAUUUUAAAUGCCGAAUACGAAUGGCUUGGCCAAAGGGAGGUUUAUUCAGAAAUAUUCGUCGAUUGCUUUGGUUUAAUGCUCUCUCACCUAGAGGGUCCGGAGAGCGAGCGCGUGAUCUGCGCGACGUGCGUGGUGCGGCUGAGGGACGCGCGCGCCUUCCGCCACCAGGUGCUGCAGUGUGAGGAGAGACUGCUCAACGCCAGUAUACAGGUUCACGAAGUGAACAUAAAUGAUCAACAAGAAGAUUUGAAGUGCGAAACAGAAGUUAAGAUAGAGUUAGAAGAGUGUACACAGAAGAUAGAAGAAGAAGCAGAAGUAAACAAUGUUCUAGAGGAUGAUGGCCAUGGUGUGGACCUCGAUGACCAUGACGCCGACAGCAUAAAGAGCGAGCCGCAACCAAAACCGAAGAAAUCUCCAAAAACGAAAAAGAAAAUUAGAACAAAGACAAGCAAACGGAAAACCAACGGAACUUAUACGGAGAAGAUAUCGAGACGCAAGUUGAGAAGCAAUGAAGAAGAAGAAAUGGAACCCGGCAUCCAGAUACAAGAUUCAAAGAAACAUAUCGAUACCGAUCAAAAAUCCUUCUCGAACACCGUCACUAUUGUCGAGAACUCGUACGUCUGCCCCUUCGACACGUCCUUCAGUGAUUACUACUGCAUCUACUGUCGCGAAGUAUUCACAGACCCAAACAAACUAAGAGAACACACGUUAACACACGACCCGACAACAUUCAAAAACUGCAUCACAAAUAAAAAACUCCUUCUAAUCGAUAUUUACAAAAUCGAUUGUCGACUCUGUCCAAGACGAUUCGACGACAUCGAUAUCUUCAAAAGUCACCUCACUACGACGCACGGGAAAACUCUAUAUGAUAUGUCAAAUGACUUUUUAAAAUUCCGUUUGACAGUUACUAAUUUGACGUGCACGGAAUGCAAUUCGAGUUUUAGUUUUUUUCAUGCGUUAAAAAAGCAUAUGGCUGAACAUUUCGGUACUUGCAUAUGCGAUGUCUGUGGCGCUCAUUAUUUUGAAGAACGCAUGCUUAUACUUCAUCAAAAGACGCAUCAGAAAGUCGAAGAGUCCUUUCCGUGUAAAGAUUGCGGAAAGAUAUUCAAAUCGAAACAUAGUAGGUUUUUGCAUGAAGCGAAGUUGCAUAAAAAAGAGCCUGCCUACCAAUGUUAUAAGUGCGAUGAGGUUUUAUUCUCUUAUUCUUUACGUUAUAGGCAUAUGAUAGAAGUGCAUGGGGAGCAAAGAAUGUUUCCUUGCGAGCACUGUGAUAGGGCUUACGAUAGUCGAAAAUCACUAAGAGAACACAACAGACGAUACCAUUUAAAAAUAUUCAAACAUCAAUGCGAAUUAUGCGAGAAGAGGUUUUACCUCCCGUCACGUCUUAAAGAGCAUAUGGCAACACACACUGGGGAAAGGAAUUUUAGGUGCGAAUUCUGUGGGAAAAGUUACCCCAGAUUAAGAGGGUUAAAAGUUCAUAUGCAAUCACACAGCAACGAAAAGAAAUAUCGCUGUGUUAUGUGCAAUGCGUCUUUCACUCAGAAUUUUAAUUUGAAAAAUCAUAUGAAGCGGCAACACCAGAAUUUAGAUAUGGAGGAGGUUUAUCCUGAGUGAUAGCAACACUGGGGUAAAUUGUUUUUAAGUUUUAGCAAUAAAUUUGACUUAAUCGAGGCUUUAAAUUAUAGAAUACUUAUAUUUAUUAUUCUAAGCUAAUUAUAGAAUUGGGCUAUUGAUUUCUCAUUUAAAAUUAAAACAUAUCUUGUAUCUCUAGGUACAGGGUGGAAGGGAC